UUAGAAAGCAUCUAAAGCACAUUUGACUAUUGGCUGAUGUGUCUCUUCCUCGGUUCCUCCGCUUGCAUCUCCCGGUGGGCGGGACUAACACCGGAGGAAAGGAAUCGAGGGUGCACUCUGAAUGAGGAAGGGGCAGGGGGGCGAGCAGGGAAAAAUGUGGGAGGAAAAACUAAAUCCAGGGACCUGAGUCAGCAGCUGCAGCGGUGCCAGUCUGCCGAUCCCCACAACUUCCGCUCAUCCGUUUCAUCUUCACACACAUUCAUAGUUAACAAUGGAGCUGAAUUGAUUUACAGUGAAGAGCGUCUUUGUUAGAGGACGAAUACAAGCAGAACAGAGGAGGAAAGAGGACCGAGCGGACCAUCCGGAGACUCUGAGCUGCUGUUUUCCUUGAGGCCUCAUGUCCGUCCGCAUUUCAGCCAUGAGCGUCCUUCCUCCUGUUCGACGGGACCGAGUCAUCGCUCAGCUCCCUCAGUGUUUCCGAAAAGAGGCAGCCAUCCACACUAAAAAUGAUUUCAACAAUAAAGUAAAGACUGCGUGUCAGGAGCAGCGGACCGGCACUGUGGGCAGAUUUAAAAUAUCCAAGGUCAUCGUGGUGGGGGAUCUGGCUGUGGGGAAAACCUGCCUGAUUAAUAGGUUUUGCAAGGAUACCUUUGACAAGAACUACAAAGCAACAAUCGGUGUUGACUUUGAGAUGGAGCGCUUCGAGGUGCUGGGUGUUCCUUUCAGCCUGCAGCUGUGGGACACCGCAGGCCAAGAGAGGUUCAAGUGCAUUGCUUCUACAUACUACAGAGGAGCCCAGGUUGUUAUAAUCGUGUUUGAUCUAAAUGACAUUGCCUCUCUGGGCCAUGUAAGGCAGUGGCUCGAAGACGCUUUGAAAGAGAACGACCCCACCGCUGUUCAGCUGUUCCUCGUGGGCACCAAGAAGGACCUCAGCUCACCUGCUCAGUAUUCCCAGAUCGAACAAGAUGCCCUCAAACUAGCAAACGAGAUCCGAGCUGAGUAUUGGGCGGUUUCAUCGCUGACAGGGGAAAACGUGAGAGAGUUUUUCUUUCGGGUUGCAUCAUUAGCGUUUGAGACCAACGUUCUUGCUGAGCUGGAGAAAAGCGGAUCAAGGCAAAUCGGAGAUGUUGUCAGGAUUAACAGCAAUUCUAACAAUCUGUACGCUGCAUCGAAGAAGAAACAGUCCAACUGCUGUCAGUAAGGAUGGGAGCAGGAGGUUAAAAUCGAUGGUACGGACUGAAAGCGAGGAGUUUUCUGAGUGGAAAAUGACCACGGCUGCCGUCCAGCUCAGCGGGAAGGAUUUCUGUGGUCGGGGAGGGAGGAGGGAUUCAGAUGUUUCCCUUCCUGACAUGUUUUAAUUUCAGUUUUUCCUGGCCUAGAAAGCUUUUUCCUCCACGGGAUGUGUGUGCAGAUUCUUGUGGAGUGACACAGGAAUUACACACAAAAUGUUCCCGUCCUGCCAGAAAAUGCCAGAGUCUUGUUUCACUUAGGGCUUCAAUUCAAUCUUAAAUCUUGUUGCUGCUGUAGUUUAUUUUAACAGUCAUAUUCUGCUCGUGUUGAAUUUGUUUUUUUGGCUCUUCUUUUUUUUUUUUCAUUGCAUUUAAGUGACCAGUUAUAUUUGUUAGAGGCUAAAAAGAAAAUUUGUUCUUGUUUUUAUAUCUUGUUCAUCAUCUUCUCCGUUUAUCCAUC